GGAAUGUCGUGACCCAUCGGCAUUUGCCUCAUCAAAUCAUCAUGUCCCGUGCACUCUUUUCGCGUUUUUUUCCGAAUCGCAUCACCGCUAACCAUUCUAGUUCCCUCAUUUAAACGCUUCUGUGGCAACUUCUUGUUGCUGUUUUUAACACCCAACCAUAUACCGUCCGUGCUUCUGAUCCCAUUUGCUACACGGCCACCUAUAAAGAUCUCUCCCUUGCUUAACCAUGGUCGCUAUCUGUACUUCUCUGAACCGCACAAGGCUCGGGCAGCCGUCUUCCGCUGGGUGCCUCAUGACAGAUUACUGACAAACCGCCUGAUACGAUUAUAUGACUAAUUUUGUUAUCAAGAUAACCCCUUACGAUGGUCGGCCUAUGCUCAUUGUUGAACACCCACUUUGUUACGAUGUUGUCUACCUGUACUCAUAUCCCUGCUCUCCAACGGUGCCCGCAAGAGGUCUGGGAACAUAUCAUACAUUGCCUAGACGACGAGUCGGCCGCGUCCGCAGCGCGAGUUUGCUAUGCUUGGACCUUCGCCUCCCGCCGAUGUCUCUACCGAUACCUGACCUUCACGUACCCUUCUCCCAAACUCGAAGAGACCUUGUCCACCAGUCCAGCAAUCCGAGCAUGCAUCCGACGCCUGCGGCUGAAAUGGCAUGCAGACGCCAACUUUGACUGGGUGACGCUCCUUCCCCCGGAGAACAUCCAAUCCAUUGAAUUCUACUUCUACCCUGGAUGUUUCGAAGAAACGUUCCCAUCCCAUGUAAUGGACAACUUCUCCGCGUUGGCGGGUGCACGCCAUAUCACUAUCCAGGGCCCGGACGGAUACGGCCAUUCGACUCUCCAGCGCUUAUGCUCCUCUCCGGUUCUCAAGGAGCUUCAAAUCUACUCCUCGUCAAUGUGCGACCUCGAGGGCAUUGAUCCCGUUUGCCCAUUGACGCGUCUCACUAUCAAUUCAUGCACCAGUUCCUUCGUGUUUCGCUUCCCCAUAGGCAGCUUUACUGCCUCUCUCACCCGGCUGGAUGUAGCGUUUGAUAGGUUCGACCGGGAUGAUGGAAUCGAUGGAGAGUCUCGAUCGCUCCGUAACUUUAAGGAAGCGCUCUCGCAGCUCACGCUCCUCCGGCAUCUUGUCGUUUACGCGUUACGACAUAUUCCUGAACCCUUCCUUGAUGAUGUUGUCGCGCACCUCCCUGCGCUGGAAUCGUUGCACGCGACCUCGGGGUCAUACAGCGCCGUCCUCUUUGACCGCCUACCUCUCACGAUGCGGUGUCUGAGCCUUAAAGGAAUUUGGCAAGGUUCACUACUCCCAAUGGUUACCUUCAUCCAUUCCAGCCGUUUGCACGAUGUCCUGGUAUGGCCAACACGUCCGCAGAAUCAAGGCUCGACUGAAAAUCUACAACCCGUCCGAGAUGCGUGUGAGGCUCAGAAUGUACGGUUUCGAGUCAUCGCCGCAAGAGACGCGUCGGCCUUCGUCGCUAAUUUUCCGUAUGAUAAUGAGCGUAUAGAAAACCAAACACUCGUGUAUAGGUGGUAAUUUCUGCGCGUUCUAGCAUUGCAUAGAAAUAACAAAUCUGGGAUACCAUGGAACUCGCAGCGUGUACGAUGCUGAAUGU